AUGUCCCUUGCUCAGCGCUGGAUUGGAUCCUCGAGGACGCGGCUCGCCGCCGCCGCCGCCAGGCCCCGCGUCACCGUUCACCGCAACGCUCUUCGCUCCGGCGCCCGCUUCUACGCUUCCGAGGCUGAGGCCGAGGAGGCUUUCAACCCGGAUGAGGUCGAGCGCGCCACCGACGAGGUCGACGUCUGUAUCGUCGGAGGCGGCCCUGCUGGUCUUAGUGCCGCCAUCCGCCUGAAGCAGCUCGACACUGACGACUCGCUCCGUGUUGUCGUUCUGGAGAAGGCCGCUGAGCCCGGAAACCACAUCAUGUCCGGUGCCGUUCUUGAGCCCCGCGCGCUCGACGAGCUCCUCCCCAACUGGAAGGAGGACGGCGCUCCCCUCAACCAGCCCGCUCUCAAGGACACCAUGAAGUUCCUCACCCAGAACAUGGCCUUCCCCCUCCCUCACCCUCCCCAGAUGAACAACGAGGGCAACUACAUCGUCUCGCUCUCGCGUGUCGUCGCUUGGCUUGCUGAGCAGGCCGAGGCUCUCGGUGUCGAGGUCUACCCCGGUUUCGCUGGCGCCAAGCCCGUUUACAACGAGGACGGCUCGCUCAAGGGUGUCUGCACCGGUGAUGUCGGUCUCGACAAGAACUUCCAGCCCAAGGACUCUUACGAGCCCGGUAUGGAGUUCCACGCCAAGGUUACCCUCAUCGCGGAGGGUGCCCACGGCUCGCUCUCCAAGGUUCUCCAGAACAAGUACAACCUUCGUGAGGGGAAGGACCCCCAGACUUACGGUCUCGGCAUCAAGGAGGUCUGGCGUGUGCGCGACGAGGUCUACGAGCCCGGAAAGGUCAUCCACACCAUGGGAUGGCCCCUCGACUACAAGACCUACGGUGGUUCGUUCCUCUACCACAUGGAGGACAACAUGGUCACCAUGGGUCUCGUCGUCGGUCUCGACUACCCGAACCCGUACCUCUCUCCCUACCAGGAGUUCCAGCGCAUGAAGCACCACCCCUUCUUCGCUGAGAUCCUCAAGGGCGGUGAGCGUCUCGCCUACGGUGCCCGUGCCCUCAACGAGGGUGGUCUUCAGUCGAUCCCCAAGCUCUACUUCCCCGGUGGAGCUCUUAUCGGAUGCUCGGCCGGUUUCCUCAACGUCCCCAAGAUCAAGGGAACCCACAAUGCCAUGAAGUCUGGUAUGGUCGCUGCCGAGGAGAUCUACAAGCAGUUCCAGGAGAACCCUGAGGCUGAGCAGAUCGACAUGUCUGGUUACGAGAAGGAGAUGGAGAAGUCGUGGGUCUACGACGAGCUCCGCGAGGUCCGCAACAUCCGUCCCUCGUUCCACAACCCCCUCGGUCUCUGGGGAGGCAUGGCCUGGUCUGGUCUCGACUCGAUGAUCCUCAAGGGCAAGGUCCCCUUCACCUUCCACCACCCCAAGGAGGACUCCGCCGCCACUGAGCUUGCUUCGCACCACAAGCCCAUCAACUACCCGAAGCCCGACAACGAGCUUUCGUUCGACAUUCUGACUUCCGUUUCGCUCACUGGUACCAACCACGCCGAGAACCAGCCUGUGCACCUCCGUCUUCCUCCCGGAAAGGAGGCUCGCCAGCACCACGUUGAGGAGAACGUCUCCAAGUACGCUGGUCUCCUUGGUCGUGUCUGCCCUGCCGCUGUCUACGAGUACCAGGACGCCGAGGGAGCGGAGGAGGACGCCGAGGGCAAGAAGUUCGUCAUCAACUCGCAGAACUGCAUCCACGUGAGUAACUUUGUUUUUGUUGCGGUUCCCGGUGGAUGCGAACCGGGCACCGAGCUUCGGAUCGGCUCGAGGCUCGGUAUUCGGCAGUCCCUGUUGAUUGCCGAGCCGGACCCGCAGUCUUCCGGCCCGUCGCGCGAUGACGAAAGCGAUCGCUGA